AUGCAAGCCAAGUCCGACGGCCUGGACAUCGACGUGAAGGAGUUUUUGGACCCUUGGAUCCUUCAGAGGAACUUCCCGGUGGUCACGGUGACACAGAACUUGUACAACAACAGCGUUCUACAUGUUACACAAGAACGCUUCCUAUUGGACCCUUUAGACAAGGACCAGGAUACGAGCAGAUCACCCUACAGUUGGACGAUCCCGCUGACCCUCGCUUCAAGCAAUCAUUCAGUAUUUAACCAAACUGGUCAGGAUGUUUACUGGCUGGACAAAGAAGAACGCUCUAAAACGCUCCACGUGAGCAUCCCAUUACCCAACUAUUCAGACCCCGAUGGCUGGGUGCUGGCCAAUCUCCACCAGUAUGGCUACUAUCGAGUCAACUACCAAGACCGCAACUGGCUGGCCCUGAUUCAACAGCUCAAGAGAAACCAUUCUGCGAUUCCUGUAAACAACAGAGCACAGAUCAUCAACGAUGCCUGGAGUCUGGCUAAAGCUAGUUACAUUUCAAUGGACAUUGCCCUUGCAACACUUGAAUACUUACACCAUGAACUCAAGUAUACGCCUUGGUAUGUGGCGUGGAGAGAAAUCACUCUGACGAUAGGCUCGAAACUGGAAUCAACGCAGCUGGGAGAACCGUUUAAG